CCUCUUUCUGUGGAUUUAGCUUUGGCUUUGAUGGUGUUGUGUAGGUACCUAAAGCUAUAUUAAAUUAUUACCAUCAAAGGCAAUGUCUGAUAUUUCCAAAUAUCAGACAACAACACAGAGUCCACAAGCCGAAAACAAAACCCGGAACAAGUCUUUCUCCAGCAGCACUUCUAGGGGCUUUUAUUGUCUUUGGUGGGCCAAUUUUUUUUAGCUUGUAUUUUGUACCUGGUUCAAGAGCUGGAGUAAGUUGAGCAGCAGCAAUCCCUGGGCAGCCUGGGGAGGAUCAGCCUCUGGAAUGUGUCUGCCCAGGGAUCUGCAGGCUGGGCUGUGGCUUUGUGAGAGGAACUCGGGAUUUGGGCGUUGUUGCACAUCCUUCCCACAUUUGGAAAUGUCGUUUGGGGUCGAACCAUUGCCCCCAGCCGCCCUGGGUCACCUGGCCACGAUUACCUGUGUGGAACAGGAUGACAACACUUUGCUUCUCCCUCUCCUGGAGGAUUAUCUCCUAACUGUGCCUUUGCUCCUGCAUCCAGGGCAGGAGCGGAGCGGCUCAGCCACUUCUUUGCUCUGUUACCCUUGUGCAUUUUGGAGCUGGUAGAGGGAAGCUUUGAUGUUGGUGGGAAUACUUGACUUUCCUGUACCUGUCUGAUAUCAUGAUUAGGCUUUUGUAGUUGAUCAAAAUGAGAAAUCUGCAUUAAAGGGCUACAUCAAGUACCUGUUGGCUUGAUUUAAAUGAAAAUGAUAAUCAGUUGCUUUCCCAAGGCUGCAGCACUUAGAAAAUGAGCCCCACUCAAGCCUCAAGUUCAGCCUUUGUUGUAAGAACAGCUGUAAUGACCCAUUUUAAACAAUAUUUUAGCAGAUGGAAGUUCAGGCUUUCUGUACUGGAUUUCAACAGAGUUGCAAUCUUGCAGUUAAGAAAUUGUUAGCCCUGCAAUUAGGCACCUUUAAUUGAAUCCCUGCCACUCGCUUAAUUAUAGCAGCACUUCAGACUGGCUAUGAGGAGCAGUGAAAUCAGCCCUGCCACACCUCUCCCAGACUGCCAUUGGCCACAGACUUGUCGGGCUUGAUGGGCUGCACUGAGAGGAUUUCAAAGCAAAUAAAUAGCAGGGUCUUGGAGCAGCCAGGAAUGGAUUUCCACCUGUUUGAACUCCGGGCUGGAGCGAGCCUCGGCCCACAAACCCAACCUGUCUCCUCAGGAAGCUGCUAGAGCAGAAGUUCCCCAUCCCAGCGUCCAGUACCUGUGCGAGUGACUUUGGCACCGAAUGGCUUUGGCACCGAGUGACUUUGUAAGUGGAUUUGGCACCGAGUGACUUUGUAAGUGGCCUUGGUGGCCCCAGGCAGGAGCUGGAGCAGCUCUGGGAGCAGCAGCAUGGAUUGCUGCGUGCUCCAGAUCACCGGGCUCAUUUUUGGCGGCGUGGGCAUGGUGGGCACCUUGGCGGCCACGGCCAUGCCCCAGUGGAGGGUCUCGGCCUACGUGGACGGCAACAUCGUGGUGUUUGAGACCAUCUGGGAGGGGCUGUGGAUGGACUGCAUCAGCCAGCUGGGCCUCAGGCUGCAGUGCAAGUUCUACGACUCGGUGCUGGCGCUGCCGCCGCCGCUCGAGGCCUUGCGGGCCUUGAUGUGCCUGGCCGUGGGGCUGGCCGUGCUCUCCUUCCUCACGGCCGUG